AUGAUACCUAUACUUAAUAGACGACUAAUAUCGAACCCACGUUGCAUCGCCAACAAGAGGUUUCUUCUCAUAAGACCCACCCUAAGAAACACAUCCAAGUUUAUACCCUAUCAUCAUCGUCAUCACCACAAUAAUGGCGUAUUAAUUCCCACAAGAAAUAUUGGAUUCAUCAAAGUUUUGGCAAAGGCAACGAGGUUACCAGCAUAUAUAGGGGGAGGAAUGGCUGCUGGUGGAACCUACAUUGCAUACAAAGUUGAACAAGCUAGCUCAUACACCCAAGAUCAAUUAAGUCGGUUUAAGGACUUUACUGAUGGGGUUUUUGAUAAAACGGGAGAGUUUUUUAAAAGUAUGAGUGGUGGGGAUAAUGGAAGUGGCGGAGAUUCAAGUAGUAGUGGCAGCGGUAGUGGAGGUGGAGAUGAUGCUGCUACUGCGAUAGGGGCAACUGCAGCAGCUGUUGGUCUCACCAGUGAUGAUGAAGAUGAGACGGUAGUGGAAGAAGAUGAAGACGACAUGGAAACACUCAUUGAAGAAGAUGACGAAGACUUUGAAGGACCCGAUGAGACCGAUGACAAUAUGUUGAAUCUCACUCGUCAAAUGAUUGAGAUAAGAAACUUGUUAGCAAGCAUAGAUCACGAUGGAAUCAAAUUGCCUUCGAUUGUAGUUAUUGGCUCACAAUCUAGUGGUAAAUCAUCUGUCUUGGAGAGUAUUGUUGGACAAGAGUUUUUGCCAAAAGGUUCUAACAUGGUCACAAGAAGACCUAUUGAGUUAACAUUGGUAAAUACACCGGAGUCGGCAUCAAAUGUUGCUGAAUUGCCUGCUUUGAAAAUUAACAACUUGACAGAUUUUACUCAAUUACAAAAGAUCUUAUAUGAUUUGAACAUGGCUGUGCCAGAGACUGAAUGUAUUUCAAACGAUCCAAUUCAAGUGACAAUCAGAUCACCAAAGGUACCAGAUUUAUCGUUGGUUGAUUUACCAGGGUAUAUCCAAGUGGAGGCUGCUGAUCAACCUACUGAAUUAAAGAAAAAGAUUAGAGAACUUUGCUUUAAAUACUUGGAACCUCCAAAUGUCAUUUUGGCGAUAUCAGCAGCCGAUGUUGAUUUGGCCAACUCAGCUGCACUAAGAGCCUCAAGAUUGGCUGAUCCUAGAGGUGAGAGAACAAUUGGUGUAAUUACAAAGUUGGAUUUGGUCAGCCCCAAAGAAGCACACCUGAUUUUGACCAACCGUAAAUAUCCAUUGAGAUUGGGAUACGUGGGAGUUAUCACAAAAGCUCCGCAAGCAAAGGGAAAUGCCAGCCUAUUCUCCAGAAACAAAGUAACAGGCUAUCAAGCCUUUGUAGCACAGCAAAACUUCGAACAUAAUUACUUGAAAGAACACAAAGAUGAGUUUUAUGGAACUACAGUUGGUACAAGGAACUUGAAAAAGAAAUUGAUGAAGGUGUUGGAAAAAACCAUGGCAGCAUCUUUAAGACCUACCCAUUUGGCAAUUCAACAAGAGUUAGAAGAAACGUCAUAUCAAUUUAAAGUUGAGUUUAAUGAUCGUCCAUUGACACCGGAAAUGUAUUUGGCAAACAAUAUCGAUAUGUUAAAAUUGGGAACCAAAGAUUUAAGUCACCAUUUUUCUCGUAAUGAAUUGAAAGCUAUAUUGAAGAAUGCUUUGGAUCAGAAAGUAUUGGGUUUGUUAGCAGAAAGGUACUGGAAUAAACCAUUUGAUUUGAACAGUUCCACUAUAGUGGAGCCAAAUUUAAAAGAAUUGACCCAAGCUGUUCAUGAUGAUGAUAUUUACUGGCAUAGAAAAUUAGACUUGGCUUCUGGUUCGUUGACGAAAUUGGGUGUUGGUAGAAUGUCAACAAAUUUGAUCACUAAUGCCCUUUUAACUGAGGUGGAAAAUCUUGUUGACAAUACGCAAUUGAAAAACCAUCCAAUGGCCAAACAGGCAGUUAAAGAUGCGGCGAAAACCGUAUUGAGUGCAAAAUACUACUCAACUGCUGAUCAGGUAGAGAACUGUAUCAAACCAUACAAGUAUGAAGUUGAGAUUGAAGAUCGUGAGUGGGAUGCAUCAAAAGCUAAUGCGGUUUCUUUGCUUAAAGAGGAAAUGAGACAAUGUGACGAAGUUUACAAUGACUUGAAACAUCAUGUUGGUGGACGUAAAUUGCAACAAGUUGUGACUUACUUGGAGAAGUUGAAACAAACCAAAUCGGGAGAUAUUGAUCUUACAUCGAAUGAAACGUUAGGAUUCUCACCAACAUUGAUCCAACGUGGUAAGGAUGCCAUUUUCUUGAAAGAUCGAUUGUCAUUGCUCAAAAUGAGAUACCAGUUUAUCAAGAAUUCAAAGAAAUGUAAGUCGAAAGAAAACAAGUAUCAAUGCCCUGAAAUAUUCCUCGAUGCAGUAGCAACCAAAAUUUCCACCACCGCAAUAUUAUUCUUGAACGUUGAAUUAUUGAGUGAUUUCUAUUACAAUUUCCCACGUGAAUUGGAUGUUAAAUUUUUCACCAAUUUAUCUAAAGAUGAUAUUGAAAGAUUUGCUAAGGAGGAUCUCAAGGUUAAGAAACAUAUUGAGUUACAAGAACGUAAAGAUUUAUUGGAAAAUGCUUUGAGUAAGAUUGAAAGUGUGUUGGCUAUCCAACGUGGACAACUGAAGGAUAAAGAAGAGGAACAUAAAUCAAUCUUCAAGUGGUAG